UCCCUAUAUCUAUAUAUAAAUAUGUAUGCAUAGUCACUACAAUCCAGCCACCUCCUACUCCUCUCCUACGCAGUAACAGAUUAGAUUUUACUACUGAAUCUUCGUCGUAGGCUUUGGAGUUUGAUUUGACUGAUAAGGAGGUGUUUUGUCAACACCAUGGCGACAGGACAGCUUUUCUCAAAAACCACUCAAGCAUUGUUUUAUAAUUACAAGCAACUGCCGAUUCAGCGGAUGCUUGAUUUUGAUUUCCUUUGCGGCAGGGAAACACCAUCUGUUGCAGGAAUUAUAAAUCCUGGUUCUGAGGGAUUUCAGAAACUAUUUUUUGGUCAAGAGGAAAUUGCGAUUCCAGUCCAUUCUGCUAUCGAAGCCGCUUGUGCUGCGCAUCCGACAGCUGAUGUUUUCAUUAACUUUGCAUCAUUCAGAAGUGCUGCAGCUUCAUCUAUGGCUGCUCUCAAGCAGCCAACAAUCAAAGUUGUGGCCAUUAUAGCUGAAGGUGUCCCUGAGUCUGACGCCAAGCAGUUGAUUGCCUAUGCCAAAGCAAACAACAAGGUUGUCAUUGGUCCAGCAACAGUCGGAGGUAUUCAAGCUGGUGCAUUUAAGAUCGGUGAUACUGCUGGGACAAUUGAUAAUAUUAUACAGUGCAAACUGUACAGACCGGGGUCUGUUGGCUUCGUAUCAAAAUCUGGUGGUAUGUCUAAUGAAUUAUACAACACAAUUGCUCGUGUCACGGACGGGAUAUAUGAAGGUAUUGCAAUUGGAGGAGAUGUGUUUCCUGGCUCAACACUUUCUGAUCAUGUCUUGCGAUUCAACAACAUUCCUCAGGUUAAAAUGAUAGUCGUUCUCGGGGAGCUUGGUGGACGUGAUGAAUAUUCCCUAGUUGAGGCCCUUAAACAGGGGAAAAUCAAUAAACCCGUCGUUGCGUGGGUCAGUGGAACUUGUGCUACACUCUUCAAGUCAGAAGUACAAUUCGGUCAUGCGGGGGCAAAGAGCGGUGGAGAGAUGGAAUCUGCACAGGCCAAGAAUGAAGCACUCAGAGAAGCUGGAGCUGUUGUUCCCACUUCUUUUGAGGCAUUUGAAGGUGCAAUCAAGGAAGCAUUCGAGAAAUUGGCUGAGGCUGGAAAGAUUUCCCAAGUAAAGGAGGUAAAACCCCCUCAAAUACCGGAGGAUCUUAGCAGUGCCAUUAAGAGUGGAAAAGUUCGAGCUCCAACACAUAUUAUUUCGACAAUCUCUGAUGAUAGAGGUGAAGAGCCAAUGUAUGCUGGUGUCCCUAUGUCAUCCAUUGUUGAACAAGGAUUAGGUGUUGGUGAUGUCAUCUCUUUGUUGUGGUUCAAACGAAGCCUCCCACGUUACUGCACACGCUUUAUUGAGAUUUGUGUCAUGCUUUGUGCUGACCAUGGUCCCUGCGUCUCUGGUGCUCACAAUACCAUUGUUACAGCCAGAGCUGGAAAAGACCUCGUUUCCAGUCUUGUCUCAGGUUUAUUGACAAUUGGACCACGAUUUGGUGGUGCUAUUGAUGAUGCUGCUCGUUACUUCAAGGAUGCUUAUGACAAGGGUCUUACUCCUUAUGAGUUUGUCGAAAGCAUGAAAAAGAAGGGUAUUCGCGUUCCUGGCAUUGGGCACAGAAUCAAGAGGGGUGACAACAGAGAUAAGAGAGUCGAGUUACUUCAACUGUUUGCACGCACCAACUUUCCAUCUGUGAAAUACAUGGAAUAUGCAGUUGAAGUCGAAACCUACACCCUUUCAAAGGCAAACAACCUAGUCCUCAACGUCGAUGGUGCCAUUGGUUCCCUAUUCUUGGACCUUCUUGCUGGUAGUGGCAUGUUCACAAAGCAAGAAAUUGAUGAGAUUGUUGGCAUUGGCUACCUCAAUGGCCUCUUCGUGCUGGCUCGUUCCAUAGGUCUCAUUGGGCACACUUUUGACCAGAAGCGACUGAAACAGCCUCUCUACCGUCACCCAUGGGAAGAUGUGCUCUACACCAAGUAAACAUACAUUUCAAUGCCUGCCUAGCAAUGGCAUUAUUGUUCAAAGUUUUCCUGUUGUCAAUUCAUUGUGUCGUUUUUUCGGUUUUCGUGCUGGCCAAAAUUUGCCAUGGAGAAACUCCUUCACAUCAGAAUGUGCCGUAGGGAGGAUACUCGCCUUUAUCGGGACGUUCUUGUGCUGUAGUCAUUAAGAAAAUCUAAUAGAAAAUCAUAAUCUCAGUUGUGCUACUAGUUUUGAUGUAUCUUAACUUGGGAGUGUCUGCUCUCUCCACAUUGCUAUUGUUGUCACUCUUUAAUAAUACAAUAACAUCUUUGUUGGUA